AUGGAGGAUGUGAGAACCAGGAGAGGAGUUGACAUAGCUUCAAGUCACCACCUAGUUGUAGCCAAUUUAAAACUGAAGCUAAAAAAGAACUGGACAACUGGACAAACAGCACUACAAAGGUUCAAUACAGUGUUCCUUCGAGAUACUGACAAACUCAAUGAAUUCAAGAUAGCUCUCAACAACAGGUCCCAAGCCUUACAGGAUCUACUAAAGGAAGAAGAAACUAACAUGGAGGACAACUGGAAAGGCAUCAAAGAAGCAUUAACUUCAAUGUGUCAAGAGGUUCUGGGUCUCAAGAAGCAUCAUCAUAAGGAAUGGAUCUCUAUAGAAACACUGGACAGGAUCAAAGAAAGGAAGAACAAGAAAACAGUAAUUAACAACAGCCAGACACGAACAGAGAAAGUCCAAACACAAGCUGAGUACAUAGAAGCAAACAAGCAAGUGAAGAGGAGCAUUAGAGCCGACAAUAAGAAAUACGUGGAAGAACUAGCAACGACGGCGGAAAAAGCUGCAAGAGAAGGAAAUAUGAAACAGCUUUACGAUACAACGAAGAAACUAGCAAGGAAAUACAGUAAACCAGAGAGACCGGUCAAGGACAAAGAAGGCAGGCCAAUCACUGAAAUUCGAGAACAGCGGAACAGAUGUGUAGAGUACUUCGAGGAACUACUGAAUAGGCCGGCUCCAACGAAUCCACCGGAAAUCGAAGCAGCACACACAGAUCUUCCUAUAGAUGUCAAUCCACCAACGACGUAA